AAAACCGAUGAAUCAAUGAUGCUGUAUCAGGCAACAGCUCCACCAGGAAACACAAAUCAACGCAUUGAGGAUUUCUUUCGCAGCUAUAGCAAACAAUACUUAUCACUUUUAGGCCCAAAAAAAGAGAACCUUCUCAUCAAAUUCCCAUCGUACAAAACUACCGGCGUUCAAUUUCACGAGGAGACAAACUCUCAGGGUCACAAAUGUUUUCGAAUGAGUGGUGGACGAGUAGAUAUAUAUCCUCCUGGACUGUCUGGAUUGAAAAAGUAUUACGUUCAUCUGGAAACACGAAUUGGAAUUCACGGAAAACCCGAACGAUGUGUGAAUGCCGAUAAAAAUGGUUGCGGCGGAAUAGGUUCAUGCGUUCACUGCGACAUAUGCGAAACAAUGGGUGGGUCGUUGAAGAAUUUCGUACAAAUUUUCCAAGGAAAUCGCCCAGCUCAAUGUUCAAAAGAGGGACUCAAGCCGGGUAGCUACACUGACCUCUCAUUGAGAGUAUGCUUACCCACGAAAAAUGAACUGCUUCCAUUUUUAGACCAAAAUGCUAGCCGUGCAGAGCAGCUAUGGGAUCUCUUCGUCAGUUCACGUGCGCGAUCUGGGGAGAUUCCGUUAGUGAUUGCUGCUCGGAUUUUCGAUCGCCCAAUUAACCAUCUGAGCCCGAAGGAAAUGAAUGAUAUACUACAUAAUACAAAAGAAGGAAUGAUUGGUUGCCAUUGGAUUUAUGCCACAAUAUCACAGCAAAACUGA